GCCAGUGACACUGCCAGUGUUCUUUUCAGGUAGUGUCUUUGGGAUCCGGUGCAAGUUGAAUCAUUGUUUAAAUAAGGUGUAAUUGAAAAGUGACCCUCUCUUCAGAGAUGUCAAAAACAAACAAAUCCAAGUCUGGAUCUCGCUCUUCUCGCUCAAGAUCUGCAUCAAGAUCUCGUUCUCGUUCAUUUUCGAAGUCUCGGUCCAGAAGUCGAUCUGUUUCUCGUUCAAGGAAGCGCAGGCUGAGUUCUAGGUCUCGUUCCAGAUCAUAUUCUCCAGCUCAUAACAGAGAGAGAAAUCACCCAAGAGUAUAUCAGAACCGGGAUUUCCGAGGUCACAACAGAGGCUAUAGAAGGCCCUAUUAUUUCCGUGGGCGCAACAGAGGCUUUUAUCCGUGGGGCCAGUAUAACCGAGGAGGCUAUGGAAACUACCGCUCGAAUUGGCAGAAUUACCGGCAAGCAUACAGUCCUCGUCGGGGCCGUUCCCGAUCCCGGUCCCCAAAGAGAAGGUCCCCUUCACCGAGGUCCAGGAGCCAUUCUAGAAACUCCGAUAAGUCUUCCUCUGACAGGUCGAGGCGCUCCUCAUCGUCUCGUUCUUCCUCCAACCACAGCCGAGUUGAAUCUUCUAAGCGCAAGUCUGCAAAGGAGAAAAAGUCCUCUUCCAAGGAUAGCCGGCCGUCUCAGGCUGCUGGGGAUAACCAAGGAGAUGAGGCCAAGGAGCAGACGUUCUCUGGAGGCACCUCUCAAGACACAAAAGCAUCUGACAGCUCGAAACCGUGGCCAGAUGCCACCACAUACACUGCUGGUUCUGCGUCACGGGCCUCUGCAGUUUCUGAGUUGAGUCCCCGGGAGCGAAGCCCUGCUCUCAAAAGCCCGCUCCAGUCUGUGGUGGUGAGGCGGCGCUCACCCCGUCCUAGCCCUGUGCCAAAACCUAGCCCUCCACUUUCCAGCACGUCCCAGAUGGGCUCAACUCUGCAGAGUGGUGCUGGGUACCAGGCCGGGACACACCAAGGUCCAUUCGAUCAUGGCUCUGGGUCCUUGAGUCCAUCCAAAAAGAGCCCCGUGGGUAAGAGUCCACCGGCCACUGGCUCCACGUAUGGCUCGUCUCAAAAGGAGGAGGCUGCUGCUCCAGGAGGAGCAGCCUAUACAAAGAGGUACCUAGAAGAGCAGAAGACCGAGAACGGAAAAGAUAAGGAACAGAAACAAACAAACACUGAUAAAGAGAAAAUGAAAGAAAAAGGGAGCUUCUCUGACACGGCCUUGGGUGAUGCGAAAAUGAAAUCUGAUCCAUUUGCUCCCAAAACUGAUGCUGAAAAGUCUUUUCGGGGUAGCCAGUCUCCCAAAAGGUAUAAGCUUCGAGAUGACUUUGAGAAGAAGAUGGCUGACUUCCAUAAGGAGGACAUGGAUGGUCAAGAUAAAGACAAAGCGAAGGGAAGGAAGGAAUCAGAGUUUGAUGAUGAACCCAAAUUUAUGUCGAAAGUUAUAGCAGGUGCAAACAAAAACCAGGAGGAGGAGAAGUCCGGCAAAUGGGAGGGCCUGGUGUAUGCGCCUCCAGGAAAGGAAAAGCAGAGGAAAACCGAGGAGCUGGAGGAGGAAUCUUUCUCAGAGAGAUCCAAAAAGGAGGAUCGGGGAGGGCCCAAGAGAACCGAAAGUGGGCACCGGGGGUUUGUGCCUGAAAAGAAUUUCCGAGUGACCGCUUACAAAGCAGUCCAGGAGAAAAGCUCUUCACCUCCCCCGAGAAAGACCUCUGAGAGCCGAGAGAAGCUAGGAGCCAAAGGAGACUUUUCCUCAGGGAAGUCUUCCUUUUCUAUUACUCGAGAGGCCCAGGUCAAUGUCCGGAUGGACUCUUUUGAUGAGGACCUUGCCAGACCCAGUGGCUUAUUGGCUCAGGAACGCAAGCUCUGUCGGGAUCUAGUCCAUAGCAACAAAAAGGAACAGGAAUUUCGUUCCAUUUUCCAGCACAUACAGUCAGCUCAGUCUCAGCGGAGCCCCUCUGAACUGUUUGCCCAGCAUAUAGUGACCAUUGUUCACCAUGUUAAAGAGCAUCACUUUGGGUCCUCAGGAAUGACAUUGCAUGAGCGCUUUACUAAAUACCUAAAGAGAGGAACUGAGCAGGAGGCGGCUAAAAACAAGAAAAGCCCAGAGAUACACAGGAGGAUAGACAUUUCUCCCAGUACAUUCAGAAAACAUGGUUUGGCUCAUGACGAAAUGAAAAGCCCACGGGAACCUGGCUACAAGACUGAGGGAAAAUACAAAGAUGAUCCUGUUGAUCUCCGCCUUGAUAUUGAACGUCGUAAAAAACAUAAGGAGAGAGAUCUUAAACGAGGUAAAUCAAGAGAAUCAGUGGAUUCCCGAGACUCAAGCCACUCGAGGGAAAGAUCAGCUGAGAAAACAGAGAAAACUCAUAAAGGAUCAAAGAAGCAGAAGAAGCACCGGAGAGCGCGAGACCGGUCCAGGUCAUCCUCCUCUUCCUCCCAGUCAUCCCACUCCUACAAAGCGGAAGAAUACACUGAAGAGACGGAGGAGAGGGAAGAGAGCACCACAGGCUUUGACAAGUCCAGACUGGGGACCAAAGACUUCGUGGGUCCAAGUGAAAGAGGAGGCAGAGCUCGAGGGACCUUUCAAUUUCGAGCCAGAGGGAGAGGCUGGGGCAGAGGCAACUACUCUGGUAACAACAACAAUAACAGCAACAACGAUUUUCAAAAGAGAACCCGGGAGGAGGAGUGGGACCCCGAGUACACACCCAAAAGCAAGAAGUAUUACUUGCAUGAUGACCGUGAAGGCGAAGGCAGUGACAAGUGGGUGAGCCGGGGUCGGGGCCGAGGAGCCUUCCCCCGGGGUCGAGGCCGGUUCAUGUUCCGGAAAUCCAGCACCAGCCCCAAAUGGGCCCAUGACAAGUUCAGUGGGGAGGAAGGGGAGAUUGAAGACGACGAGAGUGGGACAGAGAACCGAGAAGAGAAGGACAAUUUACAGCCCACAACUGAGUAG